AUGUUUUGGCCCUAUGAGCGUCUCAGCCCACAGAUUGGGCGGCAGAGGCAACGAAUCACUCCCAAAGGAGAUGAAACACAUCGAGUGUGGCUGGUUGUUCCGCAAUACGGAUGGUUGAUAUUUUUGGACGAGCUGAUUCUUGAAACUGGUGGUAGAAGUUCUGUAUACGCUCCACGCAUGGCCUGCAUACUGUUUCGCAGCCCAAUGGCUCAACAAGGGUGA